CUCUCCCCGAUCCCCAUUUCCCUCGCCCCCAUCCCGCGCCUGUGCCUCGACCCAUUGUAACGCGACAACCAGUCGUAAACACACAUUUUGGCCUCAUCGCGUCAAUCACGAUCAGCAAUCUCCCACGGCCAGGUUCCAGCUUACGCGCCUUUUCCUGUUAAUCCAGCCAAAAUCAUCACCACCACCACCACCACCACCACCACCACGACCAUCGGCAUCAUCGAAGCUCGCUUCAUCGUCAUCUUCUCCUCGCGCCUGGAAUCGCCAGAGCCAUCGUCGGCAUCACGGUAAACCACCUACACCACCGGGUGCCAUGGCCGAAGCUCUGCUGGGCCUUGGGCCUCCGGGCGGCGGCAGCGGUGUGGACGCGCUCUCGGGCAAGGUCCCCAUCUCGCACCUGGACCAGAUGCAAGACCAGCUGAGGCAGCUCCUCGAGACCAAGAUGCAGCCCACCCGCGCCGAACACGCCACCAUUAGCUUUGACCUGCGCGGCCCUGUGCAGUUCACCAUUGUCGAAUCCGACGCCGAAGCCCAUGUUGAUGUCGAUCCUGCUCUUGCCGCCAGUGCGACCCGGGACGGGAGCAAUGGCAACGAUAAUAACAAUAAUAACAAUAAUAACAAUAAUAACAAUAAUGACAAUAAUGACAAUAAUGACAAUAAUGACAAUAAUGACAACAGCAACAACAGCAGCAGCAACAGCCGGUCGAUGAAGCUCGUGCGCACCAAUGAAGUGGUUAUGAAUCAGCCUCAGGACGACCCUGCUAUGCAACGCGCCGUUGCGAAGCAGAUCAUCUCGCUUAUAGGUGCGACUGACGGUUGUUCCUGGGCCGUACGCGACAUUUCCAGGGGAUCUCACGGCUGGGCGUUGACCUACCAUUGCAAGGACUCCCUUGCUGCCUGGAUGAGGCAGAACGCGAAGAGUUUGGACAAGUCGGCCAUUGCCGAGUACAGCCAAAAGGAGCUCGAUCCGAUUCAUCGAGCUCGGCCGGCGUUUGAUUGUCGUGGAUCAAUAUCCAUCAUCUUUUCCAAGAACUCGCGGUCCAUCAACGUCAAGUACGACCACACCCCGCUUCACAAAACCGUCGCCGAUGUGGCUGCACUCUAUCGCCCGCCCCCUCGUCCCGCACCGGUGAAUCCACCCACCCUGGAUAGGCCGAAGAAGACCCCCAAGAAACGCAAGUCAGAGGCUGCCACGGGCGACGCGACGCCGGCUGGAGAAGGUGGCACUGCCAGCAAGCCCAAGAAGACACCGAGGAAGCGCAAGUCCACUGCGGCCGAUGGCGAAGGAGGGGAGGGUUCGGCUCAGCCGAAGAAACGAAGAAAGAAGAAGUCGGAUGCGAACGCCUCGACUCCCGCUGGUCCCAUGAUGCCGCCGGACUAUCCCGGUGCCGCGCCCGUGGACUCUACCAACCAGCCUCCGCAGUAUGGUCCCCAGAGCGUGCCUGCUGGGUCGGGCGAGUACCCUGACGCGCUCGUCGGGCAUGGCGGCGCAGCCGACGAUACGGCGGAAGCCAAAGCCCAGGCGGCCCAAGCUGCCGUGGACAGUGGCAUCCACUCCCAUACGCUCUUGAAUGUACCCCCGGCAGAAGCGGCACGGCGACGUGAGACGGCUCUCCGCCUCCUCACCGACGCCAGCGUCGACCCGGCGACACUUUCCGAGGAACAGUUCAGCAUCUUCGCCAACCAGGCCCCCGAGCUGCAGAAGGAAUCGCUCAUGAUGUUCGUUAAGUACGGCGCAGAGCGUCUGCGUAUCGUGCAUCCCAAGGACUCGGCUGGCGGCGCUAGUGCUGGUACUGCUGCAUCGACGAACAACUCGGCGACACCAGAGCGGACAUCGCAGAAUCCCGACUCGGCAGGCCAACCCACCCCAGCCGGUACCGAGACCCCGGCUCCCGCUUUGGCAUCAGGAGCCGGCCAAAAUACUGACUCCAAUGUGGCGAACGGGGCGGCAUCUGGAGCCGCAGCUCCGGCCUCGAACACGCCGAGCCGUAAGCCACGCCUCUCCCGGGGCUCUUGCAUUCCCUGUAAAGCGAACAAAACCAAGUGUGACAGUAAGAAGCCGUCGUGCGCUCCUUGCCGCGACGCUGGAGUUCAGUGCCAGUAUCCCCUGGAGAAGCAACGCAAAUCUAAAGGUGCAACAAAGUCUGCUCCUCGUGUCGAGUCGGAUCCCGAGGUUGAACCUCAACCUCAACAUCAACCUCAAUCUCAACCUCAAUCUCAACCUGAACCUGAACCUGAACCUGAGCCUGAACGUCAAUCUGAACCUGAACCCAGUGCAGCCCCCCAGCAGGAUCCACCAUCGGAACCUGUACAUCAACUUCUGCAUGCAGCUGCACAUGAAUCUACGCAUGAAUCCGACUCCAAACCCGACCAUGGCAGCGACGAGAUUGAGACGAUUGACUACACAUCCAACAUGCCCGUGGCUGGCAUGCUCACGCCGGCCGACACCUCUAAUCAGGAUUACUUCGGCUCUGGCUCAACCGGCUUGCAAUUCCCACAGUCCGUGUCCAACGAUGUGGACCCGGGGUUGCAACCGUCUAGUCUCAGUUAUUCCGAGUCGCAUUCUCACGCAGAGCAACCGCCCCAGUCGAAUAGUCCUCAGAUGGCAAUGCGUCAGACCAGCUCGGCGAGCCAACAACGUAGCCCGUUGGGCGGGAGCCAGACCCUUUCGGAGGCAGAGGCGGCCUUGAGCCUCUCAGCCUAUGCUAGUGGCUGGCAGACAUCGACAUCCCCGUCCGGCCAUUUUGGAGGCACGGAACACCAAGCGUCAACGACCACUGGGCAGCAUCUGGCACGACAGCACCAAUCGAGGAGUUCGACCCAUCAAGUCCAACAAACUUCUCCGUCGACGCAAAUUUCGCAAAUCUCAGACGUCCAGGCUCAAAGCCAAGCUCAGCAUGUCUAUGGAAACCUCGAACAAUCGUCGGGCACCGUGUCGCAUGCCAGUGUCCAGCACCAACAGCAACGGUCCCCCACUGUCCACGCCGCUCAGUCGGCCAAUGCGACGCCGUCUCGAAGUUCGCCGUUCCAGGCAGCGGCGCAGCUAGGGCGUGCCAAAUCGAGAACCGGUCAUGGGAGCCAGACACGGACCCCUCUAACCGAUGGUCGGAGAACAACACCGACCCAUCAUGUCGUUCAGCAGCAGUCGCUCCCCUCCACGCAAACCCCGAUGAUCGACACUUCAGGCUACAGCACGUCGACUGGUAUGGGCGGCGCUUCAAGCUACAACGCGUACGGAGGACGGUACUCCGCUUCUUCUGCAAAUGACCAGUCCAUCGGGAAACUCGGCUAUGAGCCCUACGCAGCGCAGGCAGUUGCAAGUAAGAGAGCAUCGUCGACUUCUGCCACGGCUCAUGGCCACCAAGCGUCUCCACAGCAGCAACAGCAGCAACAGCAGCGGUCGACGGCGAAUUCGUACGCGCCUACUGUGUCGUCGACAGCGAGUCAGUGGCCGAAUUCUUCUCAGUCUCGGAGCAGCCGCACUUAUGAGACGCACUCGGCUAUGGCGGCCUCGAACUCGUACGGCGGACAACAACAGUCUACCCCGUCGGCACAGCAGCAGGCUUCAUCUUCGCAGCAGCUGUUUAAUCUCCGCCUUGACGCUUCUGGGGCGACGCAACCGUCAUCGACGUCUAGCUCGUAUGCGCAGCAUCAGCAGCCGACAUACCAUGGUUACUCCCACCAGCAGCAGCAGACCCAGGCGCAGUCCCACCAGCGGGCCCACCAAACGAGGCCGCAGCAGCAGCAGUCGCAGUCGCAGUCGCAGUCGCAGUCGCAAUCGCAAUCGCAGUCGCACCAGCACCAGCACCAGCAACAACAACAGCAACAGCAGCAUCAGUCUAGCUGGUACGGCGGCUUCGGCAGCAAUACCAACUCGUUCGGGACAACCAACGUUUCUUCUUCCACUACGUACGGCACGGCUGGCGAUACGACGGGCUCCUACCAAGCCCAUCAGCAGACGACGCACGGAUCGCUUAACCUGCCUACCAACCACAGUUAUGGGUCGAACGAUGAUCUCUAUGACCUGCUCAAGGCCGGGAUGCACACGCGAUAGGAUUUGUUUUGCGGUUAAGGCUGAAGGGUGCGCGGAGACAGAAGAUUAGGCUGGGGUGGGGGGAAGAGAGAGGAGAGGGCGAGAGGGCGAGAAUUCAGACAGUUAUCUGGAGGGGCAGGCAUGUCUACGGUUGGGAGAUGCGGUUUUUGGUCGAGUUGCUUUCAGAACAUGCCAAGGCGUCUCCUUUUUUUUUGUUCUUCUUUGUCUGCCUUGGCUGUUACCUCUUGAUUUCUCUUCCUCUAAGUGACUGUCGCCGACUUGAUCAUCCUUUCAGAGUUUGUGAUGUCGGUUGAACUUUGUGUGUUGUAAAUCGAUUGUUUUUGACAUGCUGUGGUGGUGGUUGGGGGGAGUGGUAGUUUCUGGUGUCGCGAAAAGGGGAAAAAAGAAGAAAAGGAGAGAAAAGAAACGGCAGUAGGAAAAGUCGGUUCCUUUACGCUCUUCUAUUUACGUCUACGUAGCAAAACGACGCAAAAGCUGAG